AUGUUCUCAUUUUACGAUUAUAAUGAUGAACAAGGCAUUAACGUGACUUGGUUAUCCCUCGCAAUGACUGUGAGCAGCGAAGCCUCCAAGAUCAACAUGUCCCAUGUUCUAGAUGCCCUGCUCGAAGGCUACGACAAAAGGCUGCGGCCGGGAUUUGGAG